AUGCAAGCUUCGACAAAGUCCAGCUGUACCGGCGAGCCUUCAGAAAAUCAAAACCAACUCCGGGACCGAAGCGAUGCAGAGCUCAAGCCGGCGUUUCAGGAACUAGACCCUUACAACGCUCCAGGCGGCCCAUCAUCUCGCGAUGAUAAGCAUUAUGACUCCACUACAUUGCCCCUGAUAUCGCAGAAAACCAAUCCAGUGGUCACUACACGAAGCCAUGCUAACCUUCAGCAACUUUUGCGCGGCGAGUCCAUCAAGACGACUAUGGAGAACAUCAACCUCUCGCUCGGUCGCUCUUCUUCCCGUCGGCUGUCUGAUCGAUCGGGUACAUAUCCUGUGCGUGCUCGUCCCGAUCAUCGAGAAACGGAAUCUACCAUUGUGCCUAGCCGUGUGAUAUUCGAGCCAUCUGUUGGCACGAACUCGGCACCGCCAACGUCAGCAGCUCCGACCGCGCAGCCAUUGAACCCAAUUGCUAACUUCGAGGGCCUCCCUGGUGAACUUAGAAACUACGUAUACCACCUGCUGUUCGCGGAUUGUCCUACUACAUUGGCGUUGCGAGAAAACCGUCUGCACAACCUGACCGCGGUGCCUGACCGGAAACCAUACCUCAAGCUACUUCCUGGCCUGGCCUACACAAAUCGCGGCGUGUACAACGAGAUCGCGACAGUCUUUCUCCAAGACCGUACUAUGGAGAUAAGCGUGCUUGCUGACCUUUAUUACCUCGAGGACGUACUAGAGCAACUCCCAGGCCAGAAAGGUUGGAACAGUGUGAAAUGCAUGGAGUUCACCAGGUUCGCAGAUCUCGCUACGUCGCCGGCCCGCACGCGCGAACUAUUCGACUGUAUAGCCCGAUGCCGCAACGUCGAGCAGCUCACGCUUCAGAUCAAGCUCGACUUGCUCCACAUGCCCGAACACGGUGCCGCAUACCGGCAGCUCGCCUUCCUCAACGGCACGCCUGGUGUCAAGACGCCGGAACAGGUCGCCGCAAAUUACGAGCUUGACCUUCUGUUUGACCUACCCCGCCUUCGGAAGCUCACCAUGAUCUGCGAAUGGCAUCGUGAUGGCCCCGUCCGCUGCACCCCACGCACGAUGGCUACCUUCUGGGAUUUACAGGAUUGGAUCGCUCAGGGCUUCACUACCAAGGCUGAUAACAUCAAGGAAGUCUUCAAGUUGUUGCCGUUCAACGACUCGAAGCAGCUAGGUGCUUGGACCGUGAGGCUCCAGCGCGGUCAGAGCAACAAUGCGGUCUGA